GAGGUGAAAAACGCGUAGAAAGGUUUGACCACGUAGCCUGUAUCGGAGUGGUACUCGGAGUCGGAGCGAAAUGGAAGCUCCCUCCUCAAAAUUGUUGACCAUGGUGAAGAACUUCCCAAGAAGGUCUCUCUGUGGGUCCCUUACCUUCUUGCCCUUCCCCUUCUCUUUUCUCUUCCCUUCCCCUCCUCACUAGUGCUACCACCCUUAACCCCUCAAGUAAUGGAGAAUUCGACAAUGGACCCCUCCCUCAUACCUUACAGCCCUCCACUCUCUUUCUAGUUUCUACCUUCUCUCUCUUUAAACUUUAAUCCCAAUUCCAUUUCAUGUUCUAAGCUUCUUCCUCCUUUUUUUUCCCCCUCCUGUGUGUGAUUCCUCUAAAAAUAUCAGAAAAUUCUCAAUUUCUUUUCCUCUUUCCUCUUUCCUCUCAAGCGUAGAUGUAAAAAACAAAGAAAUACAUACCAUCAUUGUAUGUGAUACAUUAGAAUUUCACCUCCCUUCUCUCUCUUCCCUGAAUAAAGAGAGAGGAGAGAGAGAUCUUCCUGAAAUCUCAAAAGUUGCAGAAUUCAUAGAAAAAGAGAGAAAUCCCAAAUCUCUCUCUCGGAAGGGUAAAAACCCAAAAAAGAAGAGGGAGAAAAGCAAGUUCGAUACAAAGAACAAAGGAAGCGACAAGUUGGUUGGUUGGUUGGUCGGUUGGUUUGGAUAGGGGCAGAGAGGCUCUAGUAGACAACGUCGGAUGAUGCCGAACAGUGGCUCUCCAGCCACCAGCAACAACAACGAUGCGUCGAGUGGCGGCGUCAGCGGUGGCGGUGGCGGUGGCGGCGGUGGUGGGGCCUCCAUUGGGUCGUUGAAGAAAGGACCUUGGACGGCAGCAGAAGAUGCGAUUCUGAUGGAGUACGUGAAGAAACAUGGAGAGGGUAACUGGAAUGCUGUUCAGAAGAACUCCGGCCUAUCGCGCUGCGGUAAGAGCUGUCGUCUCCGUUGGGCUAAUCAUCUCAGGCCUAAUCUCAAGAAGGGUUCCUUCUCUCCAGAAGAAGAGCGUCUCAUUCUCGAGCUUCACGCCAAGCUCGGCAACAAAUGGGCUCGCAUGGCUGCUCAGUUACCUGGCCGGACCGAUAAUGAGAUCAAGAACUACUGGAACACCAGAGUCAAGAGACGCCAACGCGCAGGUUUACCUCUCUACCCACAAGAUAUACAGAAGCAAGCAGCUGCAUUUCACCUCAACCAGAUCAACCAGCCCCGUUCUUCUCAAUCUGUGCCUCCUCCAGCACCCACUCAACAUCCCUCGACGCAGCAACAACCCCCUAAGCCCAAUUUCGGUUCUUCUCUAUCCCUGCUCGAUCCUGUAAAUUAUCCUAUGACGACCCCUCUCCUAAGCCACCACCCAGCUCCUUUUCUCCCCUCUCCAUUUCACAGAUUCAAGAGGUUUCGGGACAAUAACAGUAUAGGAUUCUCUAUCCCUUUCUCUGCAACUCAUCCUCCUCAACAGAAUCAUCAAUCACCACCUCUGUUUAGUCAUGGUCUUAACAGCCAGUUGUUGCCAGCGUCAUCGUAUCAGCUUAAUUCCAACAAUUUCGACUUCAAUCCUCCACCACCAAUCCUGGGAACCACCCCAUUUGAAACCGACAGUGGUUCCCCUUUCUCCAUGAAAUUGGAGCUCCCUUCAAGCCAACUGCCCCAGCCAGCAGACACAGCAAAUGCUGCCUUGGGCUCCCUCAAUGAUUAUAAGAUCCCCUCGCCGCUUGGCCGGAGCAACAGUGGAUUAUUGGAUGCUCUGUUGCAGGAAUCGCAAGCUAUAGUGGGAAGCGAGGAUUCGAGGAGAGAUGAUUUGUUAGAAGAGAAAUGUGGAUUAGAUGGAUUGGUCAGUGUCAGCGAGGCCCCGCCUUCUGGGUCAAUUUUCUGUGAGAGCGCUCCUACCCCUCCAUUAGCAUCUGCCAGUCAAUGGGAUGAUUCCAGCUCUGCCCAUUCCUCCCCUGGGCUGCAGAUAAAGAAAGAAAGAACAGAUAAAACAGAUGAGAUCAAUUCAGUGGACGAUGACUUGAGCAGUUUUCUUGAUAUCAUCCCUUCUACAAUGCGUGUCCCUGAGUGGUAUAGCGAUAGUGGUGGUGAGAUGUCAAAUGGGCAAUCAUCAGGUGUUACAGACGAUGAAAUUGGGCUUGAAAUGCAGCAAAUAGCUUCAUCUCUCUCUGUUCCCAACGCAAAUGAUCCUGACUGGAACAAUUGGAACAACAUUACCGGGAUUUGCUAAAGUCUUUUGUCGAUUCAAGAUAAAACAGGAUUAUAGCUUAUGGAUUAUACAUUACAGAUUGCAAAGUGAUGGUUUGAGGUUUAUCUUUUGUUUUGCCAUUUUUCCUUUUUCAAGUUUUAAUGGAGUGGGAUUGUCAUAUACAUAUGAAUUCUAUACAUUACUACAAAAACUUCACUGUGACAUUUGUUGUUAAUCAAAAUACUAGUUUAUGGCUAUAGUGAAAAA